UGCAUCAUAUUGGAUGCCAACCGCCGUUAAACUCCAAAGAAGAAAUAAAAACGAAUCUGAAGUCAAUAUCGCGUUAUUUUGGGCUAAUUCAACGUUUCUACAUUGGAAUAGAAUACUGAUCCUACAUAUUUGCCUACGAGAAACGCCAUUGAUCAUCAUUACGUGGUCUGGUGACAACAGCUGUAAAUUCUGCCAGCUCUCAUGUCCCUGCUAAGAUGAAUUAAAAUACAUUACAAAAUUAAAUUAAGGUAGUGAACAAUAAAGUUAAAAAAAAAAAUGCUUUCUCGUUUAUUGAAGGAGCACCAUGCAAAGCAGAACAAGAGAAAAGAACACCAAGAGAGACGCAGACGAGAGGCAAUUGCAGCUGCCACCUGUCUAACAGAAGCCUUGGUGGACCACCUUAAUGUUGGUGUGGCCCAGGCGUACGUGAACCAGAGGAAGCUGGACCAUGAGGUCAAGACGUUACAGGUGCAGGCCAGCCAGUUCUCCAAGCAGACUGCUCAGUGGAUCAGUAUGGUGGAAGGCUUUAACCAAGCCCUGAAGGAAAUAGGUGAUGUGGAGAACUGGGCUCGCAGUAUUGAGAUGGACAUGAGAACCAUCGCUACAGCUCUGGAGUACGUACACAAGGGUCAGCUCACAUCAGCCUCUUCAUAGAUACGCUAAACCAUAACCUGGAACUGAUAGCCUGCUGCUAGCUUCAGUAGCUGAACGCUAACCUGGAACUGAUAGUCUGCUGCUAGCUUCAGUAGCUGAACCAUAACCUGGAACUGAUAGCCUGCUGCUAGCUUCAGUAGCUGAACGCUAACCUGGAACUGAUAGUCUGCUGCUAGCUUCAGUAGCUGAACCAUAACCUGGAACUGAUAGCCUGCUGCUAGCUUCAGUAGCUGAACCCUAACCUGGAACUGAUAGCCUGCUGCUAGCUUCAGUAGCUGAACGCUAACCUGGAACUGAUAGUCUGCUGCUAGCUUCAGUAGCUGAACCCUAACCUGGAACUGAUAGCCUGCUGCUAGCUUCAGUAGCUGAACCCUAACCUGGAACUGAUAGCCUGCUGCUAGCUUCAGUAGCUGAACGCUAACCUGGAACUGAUAGUCUGCUGCUAGCUUCAGUAGCUGAACGCUAACCUGGAACUGAUAGUCUGCUGCUAGCUUCAGUAGCUGAACGCUAACCUGGAACUGAUAGCCUGCUGCUAGCUUCAGUAGCUGAACCCUAACCUGGAACUGAUAGCCUGCUGCUAGCUUCAGUAGCUAAACCAUAACCUGGAACUGAUAGCCUGCUGCUAGCUUCAGUAGCUGAACCCUAACCUGGAACUGAUAGCCUGCUGCUAGCUUCAGUAGCUGAACCCUAACCUGGAACUGAUAGCCUGCUGCUAGCUUCAGUAGCUGAACGCUAACCUGGAACUGAUAGCAUGCUGCUAGCUUCAGUAGCUGAACGCUAACCUGGAACUGAUAGCAUGCUGCUAGCUUCAGUAGCUAAACCAUAACCUGGAACUGAUAGCCUGCUGCUAGCUUCAGUAGCUGAACGCUAACCUGGAACUGAUAGCAUGCUGCUAGCUUCAGUAGCUAAACCCUAACCUGGAACUGAUAGCCUGCUGCUAGCUUCAGUAGCUGAACCCUAACCUGGAACUGAUAGCCUGCUGCUAGCUUCAGUAGCUGAACCCUAACCUGGAACUGAUAGCCUGCUGCUAGCUUCAGUAGCUGAACCAUAACCUGGAACUGAUAGCCUGCUGCUAGCUUCAGUAGCUGAACCCUAACCUGGAACUGAUAGCCUGCUGCUAGCUUCAGUAGCUGAACCCUAACCUGGAACUGAUAGCCUGCUGCUAGCUUCAGUAGCUGAACGCUAACCUGGAACUGAUAGUCUGCUGCUAGCUUCAGUAGCUGAACGCUAACCUGGAACUGAUAGCCUGCUGCUAGCUUCAGUAGCUAAACCAUAACCUGGAACUGAUAGCCUGCUGCUAGCUUCAGUAGCUGAACCCUAACCUGGAACUGAUAGCCUGCUGCUAGCUUCAGUAGCUGAACCCUAACCUGGAACUGAUAGCCUGCUGCUAGCUUCAGUAGCUGAACGCUAACCUGGAACUGAUAGCAUGCUGCUAGCUUCAGUAGCUGAACGCUAACCUGGAACUGAUAGCAUGCUGCUAGCUUCAGUAGCUAAACCAUAACCUGGAACUGAUAGCCUGCUGCUAGCUUCAGUAGCUGAACGCUAACCUGGAACUGAUAGCAUGCUGCUAGCUUCAGUAGCUAAACCCUAACCUGGAACUGAUAGCCUGCUGCUAGCUUCAGUAGCUGAACCCUAACCUGGAACUGAUAGCCUGCUGCUAGCUUCAGUAGCUGAACCCUAACCUGGAACUGAUAGCCUGCUGCUAGCUUCAGUAGCUGAACCAUAACCUGGAACUGAUAGCCUGCUGCUAGCUUCAGUAGCUGAACCCUAACCUGGAACUGAUAGCCUGCUGCUAGCUUCAGUAGCUGAACCAUAACCUGGAACUGAUAGCCUGCUGCUAGCUUCAGUAGCUGAACCCUAACCUGGAACUGAUAGCCUGCUGCUAGCUUCAGUAGCUGAACCAUAACCUGGAACUGAUAGCCUGCUGCUAGCUUCAGUAGCUGAACGCUAACCUGGAACUGAUAGCCUGCUGCUAGCUUCAGUAGCUGAACGCUAACCUGGAACUGAUAGCCUGCUGCUAGCUUCAGUAGCUGAACGCUAACCUGGAACUGAUAGCCUGCUGCUAGCUUCAGUAGCUGAACGCUAACCUGGAACUGAUAGCCUGCUGCUAGCUUCAGUAGCUGAACCAUAACCUGGAACUGAUAGCCUGCUGCUAGCUUCAGUAGCUAAACACUAACCUGGAACUGAUAGCCUGCUGCUAGCUUCAGUAGCUAAACCCUAACCUGGAACUGAUAGCCUGCUGCUAGCUUCAGUAGCUGAACCCUAACCUGGAACUGAUAGCCUGCUGCUAGCUUCAGUAGCUGAACUCUAACCUGGAACUGAUAGCCUGCUGCUAGCUUCAGUAGCUGAACCCUAACCUGGAACUGAUAGCCUGCUGCUAGCUUCAGUAGCUGAACCCUUUCACUGUGAACGAGUGGUGGACUUACCACGGACACCAGGAUCCUGGUGAAAAAAAACUAAAAGCUGAUGAACCAUCUGAAAAGUUGCUUCAAGGCUUCAGUAAUGACUUAAGGCUUGCCCAGUGUUCAUGAGUGACACAUUGUGUUACAGUAGGAACAGUAUGUCUGUGGACAUUGUGUUACAGUAGGAACAGUAUGUCUGUGGACAUUGUGUUACACUAGGAACAGUAUGUCUGUGGACAAAUAAACCUUAUUUAACAGUGCGCUUAUGGGCCCAUCUGCAAUGUUGUUUUGUCCACAACCCUUUCAUUGUUAAAGGUCUGUACCAAAAUAUAUUAAACUGUCGUGGAAAUAUCGUGAACUAAUUGUCCACAGACCAGGUAUAAAUGGGUAACACCUUCAGAUGGGUUCCAUGUGAAUUUAGCAACACUCCUAAUAAUAAUGAUUUAGCUGUUUGUCCAAACAUUGUUUCGUUUUGUGUUAAUCUGUGUGGGAGAACAAGACACAAAGCAUAUGUAUCUAAUCCAUUGUAUGGGCAAUGUUUUAACAACUCUUCUUCAGCAAAGAUCAAUAGUUCAGAUUGGUUUAUUCUCUCUCUGGCGUACCAGUCAGUCAUUCUCUGAAGUUAUUCCAUUUUCCUAUUCCCAUGAGGAUGAAUAGGACUUUGAAAUGUGGAUUAGCUAGCGAGGCCUUGGAACAAAAGAGGCCUGUUUGUGAAAUAGUACCAUGGAGAAAUAGGAUUUAUUGGUAGCCUGUUUAUGAGGAGAGACUUGUCUGGUAACUGCCAUGUCUCCUGGAAUGACUAAAACGACCUAGUCUGGUUAAACCGGACUGAAUGAUGCGUUCACCAGUGAUGUCCGUCUGGCUUAAGCAGGUGGUGUCUGUACUCUGUUUUAAUAAAAGCAAUGUUAAGUCUCUUGCUUCUUGAAAAA